AUGGCCGCUGCCGCCGCCUCCCUCGCCACUGCUGCCAGGCUCAUUAGGGCGGCGCCCUGUGCCUCCUUUCCCGCCUUCUCCUCGUCGUUGCGGCUCCCCCUCGCCUCCCUCCGCGGCAUCGUCGCUCGCCCGCACCUGCGCCAUUCCCCGAGGUUCCGCGCGACCACUUCGGCCUCUUCCUCGUCCGCGACGACCGUAGCUGCUACCAUCGCCGUCGGGGACAAGCUCCCCGACGCCACCCUCUCCUACCUCGACUCCGCUGGGGAGGUCCAGACCGUGAGCGUCUCCGAUCUCACCAAGGGGAAGAGGGUCGUGCUGUUCGCCGUCCCGGGGGCCUUCACCCCGACUUGCUCCCAGAAGCACCUCCCCGGAUUCGUAGAGAAGGCGGGCGAGCUGCGGGCAAAGGGCGUGGAUACCAUUGUCUGCGUGUCCGUCAACGACGCCUUCGUCAUGCGGGCAUGGAAGGAGAACCUCAGUAUCGGCGACCAAGUACUGCUGCUGUCAGAUGGGAAUUUGCAGCUCACCCGGGCUCUUGGGGUGGAGCUGGAUCUCAGCGACAAGCCCGUCGGUCUCGGGGUACGGUCCCGGCGAUACGCCCUGCUUGCGGACGACGGCGUGGUCACGGUGCUGAACCUGGAGGAGGGCGGCGCUUUCACUGUCAGCAGCGUCGAGGACAUUCUGAAGGCUCUUUGA